GACAUUUCAACACAGUUGGUCUUCAGUCGUCCUCAGUUAAAGGCUUCUCAACAUGAACGCGAUUUUAAAAUAAGUAUAUUGGAAUUGGAGUUGGAAUGUCACAUCAUUUUAAUUUUACUUUGAGUGACUGAAACUUCUUUGGCCGAUAUUUGAGUUUGGAAGAAAUUUUGUAAGCGGGAGGCGAACUGAAGCAAAGCUUUAUUGAAGAGAUACAAGGGACUGCUGAAGACUGAAAGAUAAAGACUCUACGUAACCCACCAUAAGGAGUGGAGUAGGCAAGCAAGAUGGAGGAACUGAAAAACAGAGGAAAGAAAAGAGAGACAAGACACAGUGAUACAUGGGAUCCAUUCCAGCUGAACCCAAUAGGAGCUGAGAAGGAAAGUAAGAGAACAUGUUUCCAAGUGGCCCAGUACCUGGUGGCUGCUUUUGUGGGGAUAGCUGUCUUGACCAGUGCUGUUAUCGCCAAGGGCGCUCUCUUGGUGUUGUCAACAUUGUCCAGUCCAACCUCAAUGCGCACCCCAAAGGAAAGACAGUUCUACAUGCUGAUGCUGGUUUUCUGUCUGGUCUUCCCCAACUUCCUGGUGUUUCUUAAAUCACUGUGGAGGUGUGCCUUCAGGAGCUUUGUACAGCCUAACAUGAGGAUCAUGGGAUUCAUCUGUCUCAUUGAGUGUACGGUGUCUCUUGGUACCUCAGUCCUGGUGCUCGUCGUUAUGCCUCAGUUUGAUGUGUUGACCAAUCUCUUCAUCAGUGGAGGAGUCUGUAUCGUUUCUGCCAUUCUGCAAAUAGUAUUCAGACUACAGAGAGAAAAAUGGAAAAUCAUUUUCCCAGUCUGCUCCCUCAUUCUCACAGUUGCCGGUUACUGCCUACUGGGGAUUGACUACUAUGUUCGUGUAACGUCGUUUGUGGACACACAGAGCGAGGACUGCUAUAUUUACAUUGGAAUUGGAAUUUUCUCUUCACUCCUCAUCUCCUUUUGCUGGUGGGAAAAUACAAUGCAAGCCACUAACCGUAUGCAGGAAACACUGUCAGAUUUGGACGGUUACAGGGACUUUGUAUUUGUCAUCAGCAGUAUUCUGAGGAUAAUAGUGAUAGGAGGAGUAUACGUGUUGUACCAUUGGUUUAUUGAGAAAUCUAUCUACUGGGACGACUUUAAACUGGGGAAAGAUGACUGGGAAUUACUGCAAAUAGGUCUGGUGUUGUUGUUCUUACAGGCCUUCUGCUCAGCAGCCUGCCACUGGUUUGGCGUGGUGGCCUGUAAGAUUCAUGCAGUCAGGAUGAGUUUUGCGCUGCCAGUAUGUUGCACAGGACCUACAGUGCUACUGUUGGGACUCGUACUUUUCUUAACCCAGGCAGAAAGAUUGGAUGGAGCACACCAUGGGAACAUCACAGAGUUUUGUGAAAGUUUGCGCUACUUGAGCGAAAAGAACUCCACCCCUGUGGUUUUGCUGGAACUCACAAAGAGCAUAUGUCGGACUUCACUCAACAGCUACUACCUGCAAUGGCCUUUUUUAAUGCUGGCACUGGAGGGAGUGUGUAUGUGGUCAGGCUUCGUCACAUGCACCUACUACGUAUGGAAGAUCAAGGUCCAGCGCAUAGAGAGAACCUCUCAGCUCUUUGUUCGUCGCCUCUAUGAAUCUGCUUUCAUUGACCUGUCGCUGCUACUGAACACCAAGAUGAAGGUGCCACGAGCACGAAACCAAGAGAGCCAAGAUGACAUGCAGAAAUGUGUGAUCUAUCUUUGUGCCACCAUGUGGCAUGAGACCUAUGAUGAAAUGUUGAAAAUUCUCACCUCUAUGUUCAGGUUGGACCGCUAUCGAGGUGACCCAAACCAGAAACAUAACGACUGUUUUGACUUUGAGUGUCACAUUUAUGUAGACGACGCCUUCAUGACUGACGAGGAAACAAACCAGAGGCUGGUUAAUAGUUACGUUAAUGACCUGACCCAAGUUGUCAUCGAGGUGUAUAGGGUAUUUACCAACAAAGAACCAGAUGAUGUGUCGAUCAUUGAGACCCCCUAUGGAGGCAGGCUGAUGUUCGUUAUGCCAGAAGGCAACAUGCUUUAUUUCCACCUUAAAGACAAAAGUCUCAUCAGGAACAAGAAAAGAUGGUCACAGAUUAUGUAUCUGUAUUACUUACUCGGCUGGAAGGGCUACGUCGUCAAGAACCCUCAGAAGAUCACACGCCAUAAUAACCCCUGCAGAGCCAGUCUAAUCUCUAUGGAUGGCGAGAGUUAUCUGUUGCCUCAGUACAGCAAUGACGACAAGAGAAAAUCCAUCUCAGAUGACCACACUUACAUUCUGGCUCUGGACGGAGACACCGACUUCCAGCCUAAAGCUGUGAUUUUGCUUGUAGACAGGUUGAGGAUGUAUUACAAUGUGGGUGCAGCAUGUGGUAGAAUCCAUCCUACUGGUAUGGGUCCCAUGGUGUGGUACCAGAAGUUUGAGUAUGCAGUAGGCCACUGGCUACAGAAGACAGCAGAGCAUGUGUUUGGCUCUGUGCUGUGCAGUCCAGGAUGUUUCAGUCUGUUCAGAGGGUCGGCUUUAAUGGAUGACAACGUGCUGAAGAGAUACACAACCACUGCAUCCCAAGCUUCAGAAUAUGUUCAAUAUGACCAAGGGGAGGAUCGUUGGCUGUGUACUUUGUUACUCCAGCAAGGAUGGCGUGUGGAAUACAAUGCUGCAUCAGAUGCAUACACCAACUCACCACAGGAGUUCAAAGAGUUUUAUAACCAGAGGAAACGAUGGGGACCUUCUACACUGGCCAAUACACUUGAUCUUUUGCACAGUGGUGGGGAGACAGUGAAGAGAAACAUGUCCGUCUCCAGGCUUUACAUCCUCUACCAGAUGUUCACUGUUGGUUCCUCUAUCCUUGGUCCAGCCUCUGUGACUCUCAUGAUAGCAGGUGCUUUCCAAUUUGUCUUCGGCCUCGAUGGCGAAAUUUCCAUCAUCGUUGCAAGCGUUCCUCCCGUGUUCUACAUCAUCCUCUGUUUUAUAACCAAGACCAAUACCCAAAUAACCAUCGCUGCCAUUAUGAGUAUUCUGUACGCAUUCCUCAUGACUGCAUCCUUCUUUUCUAUCAUCGGUGACAUGGUGAUUCAGGGUACUUUCAUAACCCCCACUGGCUUGUUUUUGAUUUCUAUGUCAGUCAUGUAUUUGGUGACAGCUUUACUACACCCAGAGGAGUUCGGGAUGAUUAUCUAUGGUCUGAUGUAUUUCAUCUGUAUCCCCAGUGGAUACCUCCUACUGACCAUCUACUCACUGGUUAACAUGAAUGAUGUGUCCUGGGGCACAAGGGAAACCAACAAGGGAGGAGCAGAAGUGAAGAAAAUGAAUAAUGUUCUGUGUAAGAGAGACUGUCAACUCUGCUGCUGGGACAUGAAGAUAGAGGUAUCACAGGAAACAGAGAAUCUGAUGAUUCAGAAGAUCACAGGUCAAACUGCACAACAAGCUCUUCUCAAUCCAAUCACCACUGGGGAAACAACUCAACAGGCAGAUGCAAAGUUGGAACCUCAAGCCAAAGUCGACACAACCAAACAAGAAGCUGUGUUUGAGAAAGGGGAUAAGAAACCUGAAACUGACAAACCGGAGAGAAAGUCAAGAAAAGGCAAGGACGUUGCUUAUAGUGACACAAGUUCAUCCAACCAAGAUUAUAUGAGUGAUAUGAGUGAUGAUGACGAUGACUCCAGGAUUGAUGAACUCGAGAAGAUGCUGGAGGAGCCUCCUGCGAGUGACUGGGUGGAGCCAGUAAAAGACGUGUUUUUGAAGAAGCUGACGUAUGCCAACAUGAAGAGAAAUCUACAAGAACAAAUACGAUAUUCACUUCGCAACAAAGACGAUGAUGACGUGUGUGAAGAUUUGGUCCAAAUGUUAACAGACACUCUUAAUAGAGAACUAAUUGGAGUGGGACCUGAGACUGUUCUGUCAAAAAGUCAACUGGAAUCAUUACAAUCUGCACUGGAACAGCAGGCACGGCAUACCCUUAAGACCAAUCACAUGGAGAAAUUACUGAAGAGAGUACGGAGAGCCAUCGAUAAAACACUGACUGCCCCAAAAGUGCAAAAGCUAGAUGAGGCUGAGGAUGACUUCUGGAACAAGUUAAUCGAUCGCUACUUGGAACCUAUCACUCAGACUAAAGAGCAUAAGGAAAGGAUCUCCAAAGAACUGAAGUCACUGCGCAACAAGGCAGUCUUCCUGUAUUUCAUCAUCAACGUGCUGUGGGUGGUAGCUACUUUCUUCCUGCAGGCCAUUGGAAGUGAUAUCAUCAGCAUCAAGAUCCCUAAAUACUAUCCAAAUGGAACUCUAUCUGAAGACUCCCUCAAGGUGGAGCCUCUCAGUUUGAUGUUCCUGUUGUCAUUUGCUGUUCUUCUCCUUAUCCAGUUUCUGGCCAUGUUAUAUCACAGGAUCUACACUCUGAUCCAUGUCGUGUCCUAUCGCAGCACAGAGAAAGACUACAAACCGAAAGAAGAGGGUGAUGAUGAUGAGGUUGGCAUGACUUUGGAGAAUCUCAAUGCCAGGGGACUUACCAUUACCAGUGAUGACCUGUAAUCAGAAACAACCAACCAUAAUGGUGAAACACAAUAACCAGACGACACUCGACAUCCUCAGUGGCAAUCAAACAGCUGGUGUCUCAACAAUAAAGAGCAAGCAUUCAAAUAGUCCGUUUUUAACUUAUAAUGUACAAAUAGACAGUCAGUCUUUGUAGACUGGUCAUGGCAUAACUGAAAUCAAUUAUAAAUGUUUUUAAUGAUCAAGUGUGCUCUUAAGACUUGUUAUUCUCUUUGAAGUGUAAUUGAAUUUUCUUAUCUAAAUUUUAGGUCUGAAAGUAGAAGAUUUUUAAAUGCGAUAUUUGCACAUUAAAUAUUGUGAGGAACAUUUUAUUGUGAAACUUUAAAUAUUUUAGACUUCGUUUCUGGUGUAAUUUAGACACACGUGUUGCUUUUUUAAUAUUGUGUAAACAUCAGUGUAAUUAUGUUUAUGUAUACCAACUGUAACAUUGCACUUUACAAGUGUCUGAUUUGAUUAAAUUGCUUGCUAGAAAUAAGCCUUUUAUACGUCAGUUGUAUUUCAAAAGCUUACAAGGUCUGACUCAUGACAGCAGCACAUGUUCAUCUUCUCAUGCCACUGACUUGCUUUAUAUUUUGAUUGGAUACAAUAAAAGAC